CCAACGUGAAUCAAGAUCUAACUACUUAGAAUUUAAUUUCUGUUCAAUAGGUGCGCUCGUCUUGAUUUCUCUACGCUACGCGUUCGCGUUUUUCGUGCGUUCAUGGAAUCCUUAAUCCCGGUCAUAAACAAAUUGCAAGAUGUUUUCAACACAGUAGGAACUGAAACAAUCCAACUACCUCAAAUUGUUGUCCUGGGAACUCAGAGUUCAGGAAAGAGUUCAGUCCUCGAAAACUUGGUUGGUCGAGACUUUCUACCGAGAGGACCUGGAAUUGUGACUCGCAGACCACUUGUUUUACAACUUAUUCAUGUAGAUGAAUCAGACCAAGCUACACGCGUUGCUGAAGGUGAUGGUACUUCAACUGAAUGGGCCACAUUUCUACAUAAUAAGAAAAUAUUUCGGGAUUUCGAUGAAGUUCGUAAUGAAAUUAAAAGUGAAACUGAUCGAGUUGCUGGGUCUGGGAAGUCUGUCAGUGCAGAACCUAUCAACUUGAAGAUAUUUAGCCCACGUGUUCUCAACCUUACAUUGGUCGAUCUCCCAGGUAUUACCAAAGUUCCCGUUGGUGAUCAGCCGGAGGAUAUUGAAUCGCUAAUUAAUGAUUUAUGCCUUCCGUACAUAAAUAAUCCAAACAGUGUGAUUUUAGCAGUCACACCAGCCAAUGCAGAUAUGGCUACUAGCGAAGGUCUUAAACUAGCUAAGACUGUUGAUCCUGAUGGUCGUAGAACUUUGUGCAUUUUGACAAAGUUAGAUCUUAUGGAUCACGGGACAGAUGCACACGAUCUUUUAUUAGGACGUGUUGUUCCAGUCAAACUUGGUAUAAUCGGUGUUGUCAAUCGCUCUCAAGCUGACAUCAAAGCUGGUAAAACUAUCGACGAGGCAUUACAAGAUGAAGCCACUUUUCUUCAACGACGUUAUCCAUCCCUUGCUAGCAGAAAUGGAACUCCUUUCUUGGCCAGGACACUGAACAGACUUUUAAUGCAUCAUAUUAGAGACUGUUUACCUGACUUGAAAACGCGUGUAAAUGUUAUGGCUGCACAAUUUCAGAAUCUCUUAAAUACCUUCGGUGAUGAAAUCGAAGACCGAGGACAACUUCUGCUCCAAAUUAUUACAAAGUUUAAUACUGCCUAUUGUAAUACAAUUGAUGGUGUUGCAAAAGAUAUAGAAACAACAGAAUUAUGUGGUGGUGCUCGUAUUUGUUAUAUAUUUCAUGAAACAUUCUAUCGUACACUAAGUAAGAUUGAUCCAUUGGGUGGUCUUUCUACUCUCGAUAUUUUAACGGCAAUAAGAAAUGCCACUGGUCCAAGACCUGCCUUAUUUGUUCCAGAAGUUUCUUUUGAACUGUUAGUAAAACGACAAAUUAGACGUCUUGAAGAACCGAGUUUACGAUGUGUUGAAUUGGUGCACGAGGAGAUGCAGCGUAUUAUUCAACAUUGUGGUGCUCAACAAGAACUCCUACGAUUUCCUAAACUGCAUGAACGUAUUGUCGAUGUGGUUACCUCUGUAUUACGUCAGCGGUUACAGCCAACUAAUCAAAUGGUUACUAACUUAGUAUCUAUUGAAUUGGCUUAUAUUAACACUCGGCAUCCAGAUUUUUCAGACGCACUUAGCACUCAUCGACAACAAGCUCCUGGAUUGGAUAAUUUGUCACUUCACGACCAAUCAAUCACGCAAGGAUCAGCUAUUGGAUCAGCUCUGCGUAAUACAUCUGCUUCACAUAUUAAUCGUCGUCUAACUUCAUCGAUUACGCAUGGGGAAUCAAGCAAUGCCUUUACUAUGAAUGGUCCUUCUGAAGAACAACAUUCAGAUAAUUCACAAAUGGGCCUAAGUUUAACACCAGAUAUUCAAACAGAAGUUCAACAGCACAAAUUAACUCCUAAUGAACGACACGAUUGUGAAGUGAUUGGUCGAUUAAUUCGUUCCUAUUUCCUAAUUGUUCGUAAAAAUAUACAAGACACUGUUCCAAAGGCAAUAAUGCAUUUCCUGGUGAAUUUUGUUAAAGAUAAUUUGCAAUCAGAACUUGUUAGUAAGUUGUAUAAACAAGAUGAAUAUGAUGUUCUGCUGCAAGAAAGUGAACGAGUGGCUCAACGUAGAAGAGAAGCUUCAGAAAUGCUUAAGGCUCUACAGAAGGCCAGUUUAAUCAUCGGUGAAAUACGUGAAACCCAUUUGUGGUGAUUAAUUUAUUGUGUUAUUAACGCUCUCCUUUUCUCCCUCUCUCUCUCUCUCUUCCUCUUAUCAGUAGAGUAAGUAGGUUGUUCCUUUUGUAGUUAUGAUGAUGAUAUCAAUUCGCUGUCUUGUUUUAUUCUCUUAUCUUCACAUGGAAUGGAAAAAUGUCCAUGUUGUGUAUGUAUGUGCCUGUGUGUGUGUGUAACCGUCUGUUUUUCGCCGUCAUUAUUCCAUCUAUCUUUUCUAAUCUCUGUUUGAAUGUACAUUCCUCUACUCUGAUUGUUUCUGCUCUUGUCUGUUCAUCGUCUUUACACACACAUUAUCAUUUUGCUGAUGAUUACCAAUUUUAUAUAAUUCAUACUGUGUUAACGACUUUUACCCAACUAUUACUGUACCAAUGGUGCUACCUAUUAUGCUGUUAGUACCAACACCAACAAUGGAAUUCAAUGAAAAAGUCCAUUCAUCCCUCACAUAUAUAGACACAUUUUAGCAUAAUACUAACAAUGAUGAUGAUGAUCAUUAUAAAGGAUUGUACUUUGUCACACAAAAUCUUUUUUUUAUUUUGUAGUACUUUUUUCUUUCUUAUAUGUAGGAUGGUUGAAUAUAAAAUGACUAGUGUGAGUAUGUUUUUGUGUUAUAUUGUGUUAGCUUUCUUUUGUCAUUGUCAUUACAUGUGUUAAUCAUUUCUUUUUCUCUCCUCUAGUCUAUCUACAGAAAUGUCAAUUUUGCUUUUGUAUUCUAAGUAAUCUAUUUAUUUGUUUGUUUAUUUGUAGUAGGAGUGGUUUUUUCUGUUGUAGGUAUGUAUGUGUGUGUGCUUGUGGUGUUUACUUACGUCAUACUUCAUAUGGUGUGUAACCAUUGGAAAAUCUGUUAUUCUGUCGUGAUUACACAUCUUUUUCUACUACAACUACCAGCAGCACUACUGCAAGUGUUACUACGGUAGCAAUUCAAUUUUCUAGCAAUGUUGAAAUGUGUACCUGCGAACUUACCUACCUACCUGACCAUCGACCAACCGAACCAUCUACCUUUUUCUUUAUAGCACUCACAUUUCAUCUCAUUAUUAUGUAAAACAUUAGGAAUGAUUGAUUCAUUUUUGUUUUCUUAUAGUUAAUCUAUUGCAAACAUUUGGGGAUUUCUUGUCCUGUUCACUUAUUACUUUCUUUUAGAAAAAAAUUAUAUCUUGUAGAAUGAGAAUGGUAGCCAUCAAAGUGUCAUUUUUUCUCCUCUAGAUGAAAAUCAUAUUAUUUUUGGUAUGCAGUUGUUGGAUAUAUGUGUGUGUACUGUGGCUGCUUACUGUCCUUAUCCAAGUGUGUGUGUGUGUGUGCUAUUGGUCUCUUUUAUUUCUUUCCAUGGUCUUCUUGCUCUCUGUCAUUAAUUAUCAAUUAGUUAUGGAUUUGCGUGUGUAUUAAACAAAAUGUAUCUAUCCUUCAUUUAUUUAUUCAUCUGUUUGUUUUGACAUUCAGUUCCCCUUCUCACUCUCUUUUUUUGUCUAUUAAAUUAUUUAGACACUGUGAUUAGCCAUACUAACUAAUUGAGUGAUGUUUUGCUUUAUUUAUUUAUGUAUGGAUGUAUGUAUUGUGUCUUUAUUCAUCAGUCAUCCUACUGGGAAUGAAUUAAAUAAAUACAUUUGUGGAGAAUAACUGUAAUAAGGCAAAGUGUCAAAUGGGUUAAUAUCACUAUUGUUAGUUAGGGUAUCCUGCAUUGUGUGUGAUACAGUCUACUGGUUCAUUAUUGAAUUCACUAUUAAUAUUAUUACUAUUAUUUCUCCUUUAAGUUUCGAGUGGAAAGUAAGGCUUCAACAGUACACAUCUCCAUUUCAUUGCGUUUUCUGUAGAUGUCUUUUACUGGCUCCUUUUCGUCACACAAUCUCCUCUAUGUCAGCCUCUAACCAACAUCAAACUCGUUCCACUUGAAGGACUGUUUGACGUGUGAUGUCGAUCAGCGUGUAUCCUAUUUAUCUCCGUUUUCUUGAGAAUAUUUGUUGGGUAAUAGGAUUUUCGUUGGCUCGUUGUCAGAGUCCAUUGUUGCCAAACCAUUUUGGCCGACUAUCUUAUCUCCAGUAUGAUGUGAAGGACAGCUAUUGACAAAAGUCUAAAGCGAGUUGGAAAUGCCUUUGGUGACUCAUAUAAGCCUGAUUGGAAGUAGAGGUUUGUUUGAUUGAAUCAGUCACAUUAAAGAGAGUAAAACAACUAUAAGUCAAAUGGAUGUUCAGGUCGUGAUUCUUCUCGAUGUCUGUGGGAUAUAUUUAACGAACCGUGAUAUUCUUCAAUAUUUUAGAAGUAAUUUGUUUUCAUGUACUUAGAGAAUUGUAUCGUUUACAUUUCUAUGGCAAGUAAUAAAGACAACCAGCGGAAACGAUGCAUCUUUUCCCAUGGGCAUUCCCAAAUAAAGAACUUGGGGAGUUUCGGGUCAAUUUUAGGGUUUUUCGUGGAAGUUUUGGGGUAUAUUGGAGAAAAAUGUCGAUUCUCUCAGAAAUUCCCUUAAUCGCUCUAUUACAUCUCCCGAAAAUUACCUCCAUUUAUGAGUUUAAUUAGACCCAUUUAAAUGUUCGACUUGAAUUCAAGUCAAAAAGUGUGCUAAUUUCUUCGCCAUUGUAAUAUUCUCUGAAAGAAAACUCGAGGGUCUCAUGAAAACAACUACCUGACCCUACUUCACAGAAAAGUCCAUGUGAACAUUGCCGUAAAACCGAGGUUAACUUCUCGUGUGAUAGAACUUAUCUCGAGAUCUGUUGGAAAUUUUUGAGGAUAUUUCGGAGUCUUAAGGGAAAUGCCGAAAUUCCAAUGUGUUUUACCAAAAUAACUGCAGUUAUUUACUUCGAAAUUCCUUCAAAAGUGUUUAUUUGGGUAGUUAUUAGUGUG